CUUUUCGACAUUUGAAGUUCUGCUUUACACUGUGUUUGAUCGCUCAUAUCAAGUGAGAAUUGGAUCGGCUUUUGGCGCGCCGUAUCAGGAAUCUUUGAAUUGCAAUGGAGAAGCCUCUUUGCCACGUCCGCGACGUCCCUACUCCUGUUGGCCGUAUCUCUGUUCCUGUCACUAGCAGCCGGUCUCUGCUCGUUGCUGAUUUUCUUGGUGCAGUUCCUGGAGCACACCAUUGCCGCUCGUUGCCCAGGUUUUUCCGGCGACUUACAAAGCUUCCCGGUGACGUCCGAGUUGUCACCAACACCUUUGCUGGGCCACCUUCAGCGAGCAGCUACCGAUUCACCGGAGUCCUUACUGCUGCAACGCCAGUGCUGCCUUGUCCAUGCCGUGUCUCCAACAUUAGUCAGGCAAACCAUAGCCAAGCCCAAGUCUCUUGCACCGUCGCGGGAUUCCUUCGUGAACGUGUUCUCCCCGUCACUGGUCACCGCUUGAGUUGGAUUCAUAAUCUAGGUGACAUUGUCGCAUCACAAAUGGAUCUCAAUGGCAUGAACAAGUAAAUUGCAAGUGUCCAAAAUCAAGUUGACGAGUUGCGUGCUACAGUAGCUCAUCUCAGUAAGCAAAAGCGCCGCGACAACGUGGAUGGUUCAUUUAAGUGGGAACCUCCAACCUGAAGGGUGGAGACAAGAUGUCCUCUGAACAAUCUAGUUUACCUGAAAUAAUAGAGUUCGAUGCUACACUGAAAAGACUAGUGGUGUAUCUAAAAGGGAAGAUAUUUGAC